AUGUGUAAUCUAUGGUCGAUUCGUCACAUUAUUCUUGAUCCAAACCUUGAAAUGUUAUCAAAAUGUUUAUCCAAAAGUUUCGACAAUUUUCUUCGAUUUUUAUUUUGUCCAAUCUGAGAGCGGCUUUCAACCUUCAUUUUCACUUUCUUGUUGAUACCGGCGAAUUAGAUCAGACCACGUUCUGAGGCGGUAAUAUAAUUCUAUGGUCUUAUAUUUUGAUGAAUCUGAAGUGAUUUCCGUUGUAUGCAUACUGAGAUUCGUCAAACCUUGAAGAAAUAACAGAGAAAUUACAAUAUUAAAUUCUAAAAUUAUAUUUGGACACUACUAAAAUGAAGUUCUCAUACUUCCUUCUACUCUCAUUGAGUGUGCUACUUAUCACACCCAUACAUGGUCAAGAGGAUGAUUUCGACUUGGAAGAUCUCGAUGAAAUGAUCGAAGAUGCUGAAGAAGAUCAGGAUGAUGCUAGUCCACCUGUUACUGAUGUCAAUCCCAAGGUUGUGUACAAACCCCCUACAGCAACUGGAAAUGUCUAUCUAGCAGAAACAUUUGAUGAUGAAGCCACAUUCAAAAAGAAGUGGAUUGUGUCAGAGGCCAAAAAAGAUGAUGCAGAUGAAGAUAUCGCAAAAUAUGAUGGAAAAUGGGCACUAGAAGAAUCCAUAGAAAAAGAGAUAGAUGGCGAUAUUGGUCUUGUGCUGAAAUCAAAGGCCAGGCUACAUGCAAUCUCAACCAAACUUAAUAAACCAUAUAAGUUUGAUGGCUCACCUCUUAUUGUACAAUAUGAGGUACGUUUCCAAGAUGGUCAAGAAUGUGGAGGUGCCUAUGUGAAACUACUAACAGAUAACAAACAGCUUGAUCUGAAAACCUACAAUGACAAGAUGCCUUAUACCAUUAUGUUUGGACCUGAUAAGUGUGGGAACGACCACAAACUUCACUUCAUCUUUAGGCACAAGAACCCAAAAACUGGCGAAUUUGAGGAGAAACAUGCCAAGAAGCCAACAGUCAGUUUGGACAAGUUUUUCACAGACAAGAAAACUCAUCUGUUCACCUUGUCUCUUUUCCCAGACAACACUUGGGAAAUCUUUGUUGAUCAAGAACUUGUCAACUCUGGAAGCCUUCUUGAAGAUAUGGAGCCAGCUGUUAACCCUCCAGAGGAAAUUGUGGACCCAGAUGAUAAGAAACCUGAAGACUGGGAUGACAAAGAGAAGAUUCCUGACCCUGAUGCUGUCAAACCUGAAGAUUGGGAUGAGAGUGAACCAGAGAUGAUUGAAGACAUUGAUGCUGUUAAACCUGAUGGUUGGUUAGAUGAUGAAGAGCCUCUUAUAGCAGACCCUGAUGCUGAGAAACCAAGCGAUUGGGAUGAUGAGAUGGAUGGAGAAUGGGAAGCACCAAUGAUAGACAACCCGCUAUGUGCCAGUGCCCCAGGAUGUGGCGAGUGGACCACCCCCCAGAUCAAGAACCCCCUCUAUAAGGGCAAGUGGUACGCUCCUAAGAUCGACAACCCCAACUAUAAGGGAAAAUGGAAGCCUAGGAUGAUAAAGAACCCAAAUUACUUUGAAGAUGAGGAGCCUUAUAAAAUGACACCUUUUAGUGCUCUAGGACUGGAGCUCUGGUCAAUUUCAAACAAUCUUCUGUUCGACAACUUCCUGAUCAUUGAUGACAAGUCUGUGGCUGACAAAUGGGCUGCUGAAAGCUGGAAGAUCAAACAGGACCAGGAAUUCCGCAGAGAGAGCAAUGCAGCUCAAAGUGUUUGGGAUGCAAUUAAGAGCACAGUUAAUGAGAAACCCUGGAUAUUAGCUGUAAUUUGUAUCGUUGUGAUACUCCCCUUAGUUUUACUCAUUGCUUACUGCUGUUCAAGUGGAGAGAAAAAGCCUGCGGAUAUAGCUGAACGUAAGAAGACUGAUGAAGCCACGCCUGAUGUGGACUAUGAUGAAGAUGAUGCUUCAGGUGAUGCACCAUCCAAAGAGUCCCCUAAACCCGCUAAAGGCAAGAAAAAAGGCAAAGGUGCUUUAGAUGCUGAGCCUGAGGAGGAAGCUGUAGCAGAGGAGGAGGAAGAAGAAGAAGUAGAGGAGGUACCAGAAGAAACAACUAGGAAAUCACCAAGGAAAAGGAAACCAAGAAAGGAAUAACGUUAGCAACAACUAGAAAAUAAUCAAUUUCCAUUAGAAAGUAUUGAAAGGCAUCUCAUCAUGUGCAUUCUCUUAGGUCAUAACAAGGAUUACGUGGUCAAAAGUAAACAUUUAUAUUCAAUUUGUGGAUGGAAAAAGUUAAAAGGAAAGGAUUGUAUAGGCAAUACAGACACUCUGUUUUAGGAAUAUAAGCAGUGUCAUUUAUUCCAAUAAUUUUUAUGCUUUAACUAUGAGCAUAAAAAAAGAGGAAGACAUUUUGAUUUUUGUGUAUUUUACAGUGUAUCGUGUCAUGAAAGAUAUCCUUUGUGUUUUACUUCACAGUGUAAUGUGUAUAGUGAAAGAUAUUCUUUGUUUUACGUUUCACAGUGUAUCAUGUAAUGAAAUGUGUCCUUUGAAACCAGCUGUUGUUUUUGUAUAAAAAUAUUACCAUGGUAACCAUGGAUUUUCUUUAUUAUGUUUAAUACAAUUUUUGCUGUUUUACAUGUCUAUUAAAAGUUAUAUAGUAUUCGCAUAUUAUCCAAGGGGUCAUUGCUCAAGUUUAUUAUCAUAGUGGAUUUACCAUCAUGAGUUCAACUCUCUUUCCACAUAAAAUGAUCGAUAGUUGAUAUCAUGAACCGUUGAAUGUUGCCAUACUCAAGAAGCAGCCCUUAGUAAUAAUAUAUUUAAGUAAUUUUUCAGAGAAUUACCGCUUACGGGAAAAUUUCUUUUCUAAAGAUUUGAUUGCUCUUUUUAUUUUGCUAUGUGUUUUAAAGUGUUAAGUUGCAAUAUAUUUGAUACAGCAUUUUCAACAUUCAUGUAGAUAUCUUCAAUAUUAGUUGUGUAAAAAUGUCUAUGUAUUUAGAAUUAAAGUACAUGUGUUCAGUGUCCAUCGAAAUACAAAAAAGGAAUGAUUAAUAUUUCUAAAAAAAAUGAUUUUACAGUAAUUAUUAUAGUGUUUUAGUGUCCUGGAAUACUCCAAACUGAUAAAAAUUCAAGAUUUUCUCAUCAAACAUUACAAACAAAUAUAUGUACUCAAUAUAUGUGUAUUGUGCACCAUUUAAAGUGUUAAUGCAUGUAAUGAUGAGAUUAAUUUAAAGUGGUAAUUUCAAAGUGACCAGCUUCAUCAAUGAUUUUUGUACGUGUUUAUUUUGUAAGUUUCAGACUGGUAGUCAUGAUAGAGUGUAAUAUAAUUGUAUCCAAUCAAUACCAAUCAUUCGUUAUUAAUCAUAAAAAUUAUGCAAAUAUUACUGUUGCGAUAAGUGUAUAUGUAUGUACUGUAUAUUAGUUCAGUUUAUCUCAGCAUGAAGUGUGUUCAUUAAUUGUUAAAUCCAAAGGAGGUACAGUGCAUCCCAUGAGCCUUGAAUCCAGUUAAUCGUCAUAUGGGGAUGGGAUUUACUGUUCCUCUGUUGUUUGGAUGCACAAAGUAACAAAGGAGUUGCAGUAGAUCCCAUGAGCCUUCAACCAAGUCCAUGGU